AUUGUGCAAUACUGUUGUUGUUGUUGCGUUAUGUUUCGUUGUAAACACAACGGGAUAUAUAAAACACAGGCGUGUGGUCGUCUUGGUCGGCAUACCGCAGGCCCACGACGAGAUGAACCGCCGGCUGCGGCUCCUGAAGGAGAAGCUGCGCUCGCUGCGAAGCCUCGCCCACGAGGCCCGGCUCGGGGCGUGCCUGGCGGAGCUGCGGGCGCUGGUCGGCCGGGACUACGGGGCGCUGCUGGUGGGGCAGGGGGGAACCGCCCGCCACCACCACAUGGCCAACCGCCUCCGCGCGUCCGACACAGAGACGGACCUGCGCCUGUACGAGCUGCUGUACCGCGCGUGCGCCCGGGUCGCGUGGAUCGCGCUCGGCCGCCAGAACCUCGGCCUCAUAGAGUUCGAGGUGGACCGUCUGUUCAGGACGCGCGCGUUCAGCAGCGCCGAGAGGUGCAGCGACACCUGCCGGAAGUUCUUGCAGAGAAACCCUGACUACACAAGUGUCCUGCUAGGCAGUGGAGCCAAGAAAAAGAGCAAGUUGCUCACGAAGUCGCCCGCUAUACAAGAUUUCAUGCAUGGUGUCCACAGCUGCCAAAUCUUCACUUUCAGUGAAAAAAAUGUUGAAAAAGAGAGCCAGAAGAUGAAACUGCUCCUCGCCGCCCAGUUCUCCGCGGAAGAGCAGCUGUCCUCGCUGGGGAUACCCGUGGGGAUCCUCGGACGGCAGAGGAAGGACUUUGACGCGAUGCUCGUGCCGACAGACCCCUUGUACGACGAGUCAGUCAAAAUGUUCUCCGCGAUGAGAGGGAUGUACGUGCUCCCGGGAGACCUGCAGUGCGUGCACUUGGGUGCUUCCGAGUCCCCCGACGCGCUGCCGGCCGCUGCCGGGGAGUCCUUGUUCGAGCAAAACCAGCAGGCGGACGAAAGGAGAGAGGCUGCAAAGACUCUUUGGAAAAGCUACAUGAGGAAGAGGAUGAGGCCUUAACCACUAUACAUUUACACAGCAAAAUUAUUAAUGUAAAAAUAUAUUUAUUUUUCAAAAUUU